AGAGUGAGCUGAAUCCGAAAAUCACCUUUAAAAGCUUCUCAGACCUUUCCGUCGUGGUGGAAAACGAAAAAUACGGGAAGGAUGCUAAAAUCGAGAAAAACGACGAUAGUUUUUUCUCAUUGCAUUUUGGAGCUUUUAAACACUUUUUUUCUGAACCAGCAUUGCAAACUGCAUAUGAAAAUGUGGUUGAAAUAUAUUUUCUAGAUGUAUGGCGAAUCCGAAAAACAUAGUUGUGGGAUAUAAAAGAAAUGAUAAAAUGGAUGAAUUUCGCGAUUUUCGCAUUUUUCACAAAAAUUCACCAUCUGAAAAAAACGGAAAAUUUUUCCUGUAAAAGUCAUUCCAGAAAAAAAUGUAAACCCACAUAUUCUUAAUCACCUUGUCAAGCUCUAUGUAACCAUGUAUUGAAAAACGAGAAAAAGUUUUUACUGCAUUUUUGCAUUAGUUGCACCUUAAGUCUUAGAUUUUUGCUCUGGUUAUCUAUCUAAGCGUUCUUCUUAGCUUCUUUUAGUAAAAAACACUGCUAAGACUAAACGUGGAACCGGUUCGAUUCCAGGUAAAAAAUCGUCGAAAAAGAACACUGGUUUACAAUCAAUCUUUAGUAAGUUACUAAUGAUUGCGGGAGCAAAACCGAUCCAUGAUACUACUUUUUCGUUCGAAAUCUUUUAAUGCUUUUUCCAAAUUAUCACAGCGGCAGCAGUUACUUAUUUUUUAGUAGAAGUCAAAAUUUUUUAUUAUAUUUAGGUGCUGAACCGGAAGUCGUUCCAUUAGCGACAAAAGAUAAUGAACAAACGCCGGCUCUCGUUACAGUUCCACAUGACGAUUCCAUUUCACGAGUUCGACCACCAUUAACCAGGCCAAUAGCAUCAUCCAUUCCAAGUUCGUCUGUUCUACCAGUUACAACUUCGUCCACGGCAUCAGCACUUCUGAAUCAAUCAUCUCAGUCACAAACGUCGACUCCUCUUUCUCCUACAACACGUCAAAUGUCGUCACCAAAUGUAUCUCUGAUUAGUCAUCGUUCGUCAAAUAAUGUAACUUCUAAUUUGCUUCGUCACAAUCCAGUAAUUGGUCUUAACAACGUUCUACAACCAACUCAGCCGCAUAAACGACAUAUAACUGGUACAUCGACGGAUACUCUCAACUUUAUUUCACAACCAAGUCAGAACAAACGGCCGAAAGUUUACGAUGAUAAGUCUUUGAAAGACGAAUUUUUAAAAAAAAUCGAUGGAAUAUUUGACGCUCGAUUAGAAUCGGUCGAAAGAACAUUAACACAGAUAAGUACAAGACUGGCAGCAAUCGAAAAUAUCGUUUUUAAAAAUUCAACACAUUUUGAAAUAAUAGUUCCAAUCGUUAAAAAUAUCAAGAAAAAUUUGCUUACAGUGAAACAAAUUCAUAAUGGAAAGAAUAUAUUAAGUCAUAAAAAAGCGACAACAUCAAUCAUGAGCUUAGCAAGAAAAAUGUGUUGUGAUUUAUUUACAAAAGAUGAAUUAUUAGAUUAG